AUGGAUGGGAAUAAUGAUGCAGUAUGUGAUGAUCGAAUUUCGAAAUUGCCAGAGCCAAUUUUGCAUCACAUACUGUCUUUCCUACAUGCUAAAGAUGCGGCACGAAUGAGUACAUUGUCCAAGGUUUGGGAUAGUACUUGGAAUUCACUCCCCUACUUAGAUUUUGGUGAUAUUUUCGACUGGUCAAUAAAUCUGAAUGUUGUUAUAGAUCAAACUCUAGCAAAUAGGAAAAAGCACAAGAGUUCCAUGCAAAAGUUCUCUCUGUGCUUACGCCAUUAUGCUGGUCUUUGUAAUGUCGGCAACUGGAUUAAGAUACGCAUAGCUUGUAAUAUCAAAGAGUUGAAUCUAAGAGUAGAAAGACAUGAUUAUCAAGGAAACUUCGUAUACGGCAGCUUGCCAGAGGCAAUCCUUGCUGCCAAAUCACUAAAUGUGCUGAAUUUGUUUGGAUUUAAUAUUGAAUUGCCCGCUUACGAUGGUACGAUAAAUUUAUCAUCUUUGCAAGAAUUGCACCUCUCUUUCGUGUUUUUGGAUGAGCAAUUUAUUAAGGCUAUGUGCACAAGCUGCUGUAAUUUAGAGCAUCUGUCUUUGCAGUAUUUCAACGGACUCACCAGCUUUCAAGUUGGUGAUACUUUACCUAAGCUGAAAAAGAUUGACUUGGUUACCUUGGAACCUCCCCAUUCGGUACUCCAAUUGGUUGAUAUUGCUGCAAUUAAUCUCGAAGACCUCUGGAUCAACAACCUUUAUGGGAGUACAAAUGUUGUUAGAAUAACUGCUUGCAAAGCCCUCAAGAGUUUGUACCUCCGUGGUGUGGAUGUCACCAGUAAUUGGUUAGAGGAACUAUUUUACAGCCUACAAAAUCUUGUAAAGUUCGAGUUAAUUCGUUGCAAGAACCAGAAGACUAUGAAGAUCGCAAGUGACAGGCUCAAACAACUGAGAGUAGUUGAUUGUCACAAUUUGAUUUCUGCUUAA